AGACAGCAGUGAGCUCCUCCAUGCGCGAACGUCAAUAGUCUUGCCUGCCUAAUUUGCAUUGCGGCGAGGACACUUGGGUCAUCUUAGCUAUUACAGCCAAGGUAAGCUGGGCCUUAGCUGUCUAGGUAGGUAGCUUGGGGACUCGGAGGAAAGCAUCUGCCUCCACCCCCUACCGAGGAAAUAAGUCAGAAUGAAAGUUGCCUUGAGCUGAAUCCUCUUGAAAAUUCUAUAUCUAUCUGCUUUAUCUAGCAUAGACGGACGUGUUACGGAGGGAGUCUGGUAAGCUCUUAGAGAAGCGUACAGGUAGUAGUGUCCGCCAAUAGUCCUUGACAGUGGACGCUGGUCCCUUCCAUGUUGAGAUGGCCUAUCAGUCGCUCUUUCCCAAACUCCAGACAGGCCUCGUUUUUGCAGCAAUCACAGUCCUGGCGGCAACCGUCACUGCAACUUCGUGCAGAAACAUACCGGGUGACCGUGGUUGGCCUUCUCCGGCAGCCUGGAGCUCGUUCAACGACACCAUUGGUGGCCGGCUGAUUGCAACCAUUCCCCAGGCCAGCGUCUGUCACACCUCCCCAUUUUCCAACUACGACGCGACGGCAUGCGAAGCCCUGCGAGCUCGGUGGAACACGGCAGGCAUCUUCGGAUCGCAUCCCGCAGAGAUCGUCAACGCUUUCUAUCAGAACCAAUCCUGCGACCCCUUCACACCAUCCACCAGGCCUUGUGAGCUUGGCAACUAUGCAGUGUACUCUGUCAACGUCUCGGGCGCCCAGGAUGUCAAGGCCGCCAUCGGAUUUGCUCGUAAGAACAAUAUACGGCUAGUCAUCAAGACUACCGGCCAUGACUACACCGGAAAGUCGAGCGGCCAGGGGUCGCUCUCACUCUGGAUGUGGAACCUCAAAAGCAAGAUCCUCAUCCCUCAAUACAGAUCCCGUUCGUAUUCCGGGCCGGCUAUUAAGCUCGGAGCAGGCGUACUUGUCGGAGAUGGCGUGACGGCCGCUCGGGACGCGGGCUAUCGCCUGGUAGCCGGUGAAUGUCUGACCAUCGCCGUCGCGGGCGGGUACACUCAGGGCGGGGGCCACUCAAUGCUGAACACGGCUUACGGCAUGGCGGCGGAUCAGGUUCUGGAAUGGGAAGUUGUCACGGCGACGGGCGAGUACCUCAUUGCCACUCCAGAGCAAAAUAGCGAUCUCUAUUGGGCCCUCAGUGGCGGGAGCCCAGGUGCCUUCGGCGUAGUCCUCAGCAUGACAGCCAAGAUUCACCCAGACGGCCCCAUUGCUGGCGGCUCCCUUUCGUUUCCCAAUUCCAAUCCAGACAAGUUUUGGGAAGCCGUUUCCCUCUGGAUCCAGCAGGCAAGCCGUCUAGUCGGGCAGAACAACACAAUCAUCUACCUCAUCAGCAGCGAUGGCUUCCAAGCCAUGGCCAUGACUCUCCCGGACCAGCCCGAGUCAGCCGUACAAUCUCUCCUAUCACCCUAUCUCGCCCACCUCGACCGGCUCAACAUAGCCUACUCUCUCACAACAAGCCAUGCCCCAACAUACCACGAUCAUUUCCAGGUGUACUUCGGCGCCUACCCCGAGAAUCCAACCACGAUCCUCAACAAUCGGAUCAUCCCCCGCUCCGUAUCCGACUCCCCCAACGCGACAGCAAAGUUAAUUGAUGCAUUCCGGGGAACCGUAAGUCAAGGGCGCUUUAUCCUGGGCUGCUCGAUAAUGGACGUUUCCAGAACGCCGCACCCGCCCAACGCCGUGUUGCCUGCUUGGCGGGAUACCGCGACGUCGUGCAACGUCAACGGCUUCUGGAACUUCACGGCGCCCAUAGAGGUGAACCACGCUCUGAAAAAGGAGCUGGUCGAGGUGCACAUGCCCAAGAUCGAGGCGGCCACGCCCGGGGGCGGGGUAUAUGCCAAUGAAAUGGAUCCAUGGUACAAAGGGGAUUGGAAACGCAGUUUAUAUGGGACCAACUAUGACCGGCUUUUGAGCAUUAAGAAAAAGUACGAUCCGGACAGUUUAUUGUGGGGAAAUUUCUCUGUUGGGAGUGACGGGUCGUUUAUUGAUGGGAGAGGGAGGCUGUGUAAGCGAUGAUGAUGCCGGGAGGAGUGGCGAACGAGGCGAGAUGAAAAGGUGUAACAUUAGGAUGUAAGUUGAGCGUUUUAAGAUCGAAUGUAGACUUUGAAAUUCGGACCUGACGCUUCCUCAUCGCUCCAUAAGAUCCCAAAACUUCAUGAAGUUCGUUUCCAUCGUAUUGUCAGAUCACGAUCUGGAGGCAUAGCCCCGACUCCAGAAUAACGAUCAUCAGGUCUGGCCGGUCGAUCCGACGGGGUUCCGUCUGGCUUAACCCAUCCGAUAACUUCAAGAUCGAACUUUAGAACCAACAACGCAACGGUGGUAAAAAUCUCAUAUUUGGAGAACCGGCG